CGUAUAUUGCUUACAUUUUUGGACUUGGACACAAGCGAGUAUUCACAACAAACAAAAAUGAAUGCAAAUUUUGAUUAUAGUGCGUUUUCUGCGAAAUGCAAUGAAUACUUCGAUCAGCAUCCAAUCAACUUAAGAGAGUUGUGUGUCACUAAAUCUGUUAUAAAGACAAACGAUUUCUUCAAAAGUCUCGAGGAAAAUAUCGAAGCCGAGACGACGCCGACUUCGCCUGGCAAAGUGCUUGGCACAGUCGAAGAAUAUGCAGAACUGUUUAAAGUAUUUGACACUUACCCAAGCAAUCUGCAGCGUCAGCCGAAAAAACGCGAACUGCAACGUGCAAACUCCGUAAUCAUCAAGGGAAAUGAUGCUAUGCAGGAUCAAACUGCUAUCAACACCUCAAGCGCCUCUUUGGCGCUCAGCAUUAGCCGCUUAGAGCAGGAGUCGAGCGCAGCGCAAGUAUACAAGGACUAUAAGAAUUUUCAGCAGAAGCUGCGGCAGGUUUUUAAUGAGGCUUCUGCUCUGGAAAGCGAACAAUCAGUCUACUUGGACAAGAUCGCACAGCUGGAAAUGUUUGCUCAGCAGCUGGAAAAUCUUAUGCCCUGCAAGCGUGAGGCGCCUGAUGCGUUCUCGGCCGAAGAGACGAGCAAGCUGAAUGCCAUUGCUGAAAACAUGAAGCAAUUAAACUAUCUACGCUCGCACAGCCUCUCACCUGUGCUCAAUCCCAUGGACACGGCCGUUGCACGCCUGGAGACUCUGGUGGAAGUGCUCAACUACACUCUUAUUCAAAUAAGCUGCUUCAGUACUACUUAAAUGUGUUUAUUAAGUUUUGUAUAUUAAAUGAAUUUAUGUGCUCUCGCAAUGUGA